AUGAUCCAGAGGCGAGGGUCAGGAGAGCACAAGAGAGGGUCAGGAGAGCACAGGAGAGCACAGGAGAGGGUCAGGAGAGCACAGGAGAGGGUCAGGAGAGCACAGGAGAGCACAGGAGAGGGUCAGGAGAGCACAGGAGAGGGUCAGGAGAGCACAGGAGAGCACAGGAGAGGGUCAGGAGAGCACAGGAGAGGGUCAGGAGAGCACAGGAGAGCACAGGAGAGGGUCAGGAGAGCACAAGAGAGGGUCAGGAGAGCACAGGAGAGCACACAGGAGAGGGUCAGGAGAGCACAGGAGAGGGUCAGGAGAGUAGAGGAGAGGGUCAGGAGAGCACAGGAGAGGAUCAGGAGAGCACAGCAGAGGGUCAGGAGAGGGUCAGGAGAGCACAGGAGAGGGUCAGGAGAGCACAGGAGAGGGUCAGGAGAGCACAGGAGAGGGUCAGGAGAGCACAGCAGAGGGUCAGGAGAGGGUCAGGAGAGCACAGGAGAGGGUCAGGAGAGCACAGGAGAGGGUCAGGAGAGUAGAGGAGAGGGCCAGGAGAGUAGAGGAGAGGAUCAGGAGAGCACAGGAGAGGGUCAGGAGAGCACAGGAGAGGGUCAGGAGAGUAGAGGAGAGGGCCAGGAGAGUAGAGGAGAGGAUCAGGAGAGCACAGGAGAGCACAGGAGAGGGAGAGUAGAGGAGAGGGUCAGGAGAGCACAGGAGAGGGUCAGGAGAGCACAGGAGAGGAUCAGGAGAGCACAGGAGAGGGUCAGGAGAGCACAGGAGAGGGCUAGGAGAGCACAGGAGAGGGUCAGGAGAGUAGAGGAGAGGGUCAGGAGAGUAGAGGAGAGGGUCAGGAGAGUAGAGGAGAGGGUCAGGAGAGCACAGGAGAGGGUCAGGAGAGCACAGGAGAGGGUCAGGAGAGCACAGGAGAGGAUCAGGAGAGCACAGGAGAGGGUCAGGAGAGUAGAGGAGAGGGUCAGGAGAGUAGAGGAGAGGGUCAGGAGAGUAGAGGAGAGGGUCAGGAGAGCACAGGAGAGGGUCAGGAGAGCACAGGAGAGGGUCAGGAGAGCACAGGAGAGGGUCAGGAGAGUAGAGGAGAGUAGAGGAGAGGGUCAGGAGAGCACAGGAGAGGGUCAGGAGAGUAGAGGAGAGAGUCAGGAGAGUAGAGGAGAGGGUCAGGAGAGUAGAGGAGAGGGUCAGGAGAGUAGAGGAGAGGGUCAGGAGAGCACAGGAGAGGGCCAGGAGAGCACAGGAGAGGGUCAGGAGAGCACAGGAGAGGAUCAGGAGAGCACAGGAGAGGGUCAGGAGAGCACAGGAGAGGAUCAGGAGAGUAGAGGAGAGGGUCAGGAGAGUAGAGGAGAGGGUCAGGAGAGUAGAGGAGAGGGUCAGGAGAGCACAGGAGAGGGUCAGGAGAGUACAGGAGAGGGUCAGGAGAGUACAGGAGAGUACAGGAGAGUACAGGAGAGGGCCAGGAGAGCACAGGAGAGGGUCAGGAGAGCACAGGGUCCAGCAUGUUAG